AUGCAAAUUGAUUCCAUGCAUUUUAUUGCUGAACCAGCAAAUCAUAAUAAUAAACCCUCACAAUGCUACAAGUGUUUUAAAUACGGUCAUAUAGCCAAAUACUGCAAAGCUGAUAGUCAAAUAUGUUCCAAAUGUGGAGAGGCGAAUCAUACAUAUGAUGUUUGUCAUAACAGUAGUCAACAUCCUAUAUGCUGUAACUGCAAAGGUCAGCAUGUAGCAACGUCUCCUGACUGUCCAAAAUAUAAAGAACAUCAACAAAAGUUACAGAAAACAAUCGAGCAAUAUUCAUCAUCAACAAAACCGACAAACCAAACCCAACCUGGCUAUAAUUGGAAUAGUAAUGAAGAUUUUCCUAUUUUGAAAACUACCGAUAGAAUUGAAGAAACACGAAUUAUUGAAUUACUUACUGAAAAAAUUAUGUCAAUUGUUGAACAAGCAACACAAAGGAUUUUUCAAACUCUCAAUCAAAGAUUUGAAAUACUAACGAAUAGAAUCAACAAGAAAUUCAAUAUGGAGAUCGAAGAAAUUAUCACUGAAGAAGAAUAUAAUCAACAAGAAAACAAAACCAAUAAAAAGCAAAUAAACAACCAAUAUCAAGAAUUAAAGCAAUUAACCAAAGAAAAUCAAGAUGAAAAUGCUGAGUCUACCACAACCCCAUCUAAUGGAAUCAAAAGAAAAUACAUCUCACCAACUAAUUUUUCAGAAAAGCAAGCAAAUACAACAAAAGAUUGUAGAAAUAAAUAUGACAGUGAUAUCGAUGAUUUUAUCAACCAAAGAAUUGAUUAA